AUGGCUCUCAAGCAGAUCUUUUACAUCUCUUCUAUCGUGGCUCUUCUUGCUGCAGUAUUUUCGGCUGUUUCACCAUCCAUAACGGUACCUGGCUUCUUGGCCGGAAACUCCUGUUCGCAACCACAGUAUAUAGUCCGCACUUUGUCGUAUGAUCCACUUAUCCAACACAUCGAGAACUUUAUCACUCCUCGAGAGGCUUAUCACCUGGUCCAGAUCGCACAGUCUAAGUUCCGCCCCUCUCGUGCCAUCGAAUCUGAUGGGCGGUUAGUAACUACACAUGAGAGAACCAGUUCCACUGCAUAUCUGCCUUCGGAUGAUCCUGUCGUCCAAUGCAUUAGGUCCAGAGCUUCAGAGUUUCAGGGUUACGUUGACCUUGAGAUGAUGGAGAGCCUGCAGGUAACACGAUAUCUAGAGGGUCAACAGUAUACGAACCACUACGACUGGGCAAUCAACCCUGCCGCGAGGAAUCAAACAACGAACAGGGAGACCACUUUUUUCGCCGUGCUUGAUGUGGAGUGCUCCAACUGCGGGACUCGAUUUCCUAAGAUCUCAGUAGACUGGAGCGUGGAGGAUCAGAGGUGGUGCAAUUUUGUUGAUUGCAAAGCUACCAACGAGUUAACAGUACGUGGGGUUGCUGGCAGUGCUGUUUUUUGGAGAAAUCUCCAUUCUAAUGGAACUGGGGAUACACGCACGCUACAUGCUGGGCUCCCCGCUCUGGGCGGGAAAAAGGUGGGAUUGAAUAUCUGGACACGUCGAGAGGUUUAA